AUGGCUCCAGGUCCAAAGCCGUCUCUUCAACCUCCAGGGACACCGCCGACGCCGGUUUUUGCGAUUACCGGUCAACACGGCGAGCCCUCUUUUCACUUUGUUUGCGACGAUUUUGAUCUGGAUCAGCAACAACAACAGCCAGGUCGAAAUCAUCCAAACAACGAACCCGAGGCAACCGUCCGAUCAGAGCCGGAAGCCGCGCCCUUUUCGUCCCCGGUACAGCAUUACCUCGCGCCCUCCCCACGAAGCAGUCCUGCCGCCUUCCUCGAUCCCUACUCUCACCACCCGUCGCUACGGCCGCCGACGCCCGAUCAUCUCUUCAACAGCAUGUCGUCCGAUGGGGGCCUUGCCGCCAACGGCGGCGAUGCGCCUGCCAUGAAGAACCCCUUCAACUUCCAAACCCAGAUUAUCUCGUCUGGACCGAUCAAAUCUAACAUCGGCCAACGCCGCGGUCACAGAUACAAACACUCCUCCAUCUCGGCCACUCACCAAAUCUUCCAAGAACCACCCCCUCGACCGCCCCCCGUCCUCCCCGCCUCUCUCCCCAUCCCAACCCUCCGAGAAGCCUGGUCGAGCAUGCAGCGCGAUCAAAAAGCCAGGUUAUGGUGGUGCUCCCUCCACGCCCUCAUCGCCCUCUACGUCUUCCUCUCGGCCGAAGGCUCCCUGGCCAUGACAGCCCUCUCCCACCUAGUCUUCUUCGACGUCGGCUCCGCCGCAGUCUGCGUAGCAGUCGACGUCCUAGGCAACUUUGAAGUAUGGCGCCGCUCCUCGAUCCGGCACCCCUUCGGCCUCCAACGAGCCGAAGUCCUCGCCGGCUUCGCAAUGUCUGUCUUUCUCGUCUUUGGCGGAUUCGACCUGAUCUCGCACUCCAUGAAAGACGUCCUCGAAUCCGUCGGCCACCACGCCCCUCACCACCCCGUCUCAACAACCGAUGACUCCUCCCAACCCGCCGGCGGUGGCCACGGAGGUGGUGGUCACAGUCACGGAGCACGAUACAUCACCCCCGGCACCCUCGACCUCGCCUCCUUCGCAGCCUUUGUUUCAACCCUCAUCUCUGCCUACGGCCUGCGAAACCACGGCCGGAUCCGCCGUGUCAUGCGCGUGCCGCUGCCGUACCUCUCCUCCCUCUUACCCGAAUCCACCAUCCUUUCCAACCCCUUCCACUUUCUCACCCUCUUCUUUUCAGGCAUCAUGCUUGUCCUGCCGCUAGUCUACAUCCCCCACAUCAUCUGGCUCGACCGUCUAAUCUGCGCGACGAUUUCCCUGUCUAUGUUUUUUCUCGGGGCUCGUCUAGCAGUAGGACAAGGGUUUAUGCUCCUCAUGUCGUACAACCACGUCGACAGCAAGAAACAAAAGGGGGACAGCAGCGAAGUCGCCAGCGUGAUCAAGGAGAUUGAGAGCGAGCCGCAGGUUCAGAGGGUGGAGGAGGCGCAGUUUUGGCAGGUGCACUAUGGGCUUGCGAUGGCGAAUCUGAAGGUCAAGGUUAAGGGGGGGGAGAUGAUGGGGGGAGGGCAGGGGCAGGAUGGGGCGGUCAGCCAGUUACGGCAGAGAUUGGGGAGGGUGGUGCAGAAUCGGUUGGGGGAGGGGUAUGGGAGGGGGGGGAGUUUGAGGUGGGAGGUUACUGUGCAGAUGAGUAGUGACUGA